AUUUGAGAAGGAGAAGGAAAACUUUACUUUUUUUUUUUUUUCUGAGGUCUUCGAUUCUCUUGAAGACCGAUUAAGAACGACGGCGGUGAUUAUAGAUUGAGUUCAUGUAAAUGGGAAAUCGUGGACAAAAGCGUGCUGAAACAGUGGAAGACUUGCCGGCCGAUAAGCGGGCCUGCAAUUCGAUGGAGUUCAGACCGAGUUCAUCAGCUCAAGCACCGCUGAAUUCUGCUAACUCCACAGCUGAAACUGAUGAGCCUGAUAUGGAUACUUCAUCAUCUGCCUCGGCCUCAAGCCGGUCAGAGGGAGAACCUGAGAAGGAUUCGGCAUACGGGUCCUGUGAUUCCGAUGAUGCUGAGCAUAGACACUCUGAAAUCCGGGACUAUCAGAGGCAGAGAUCGUCUAACGAUCAUGGCAAGUUUAAGAGGAUCUUAUCAUCUCUAGGUGAAGAAAGAGAGGAUUCUGGACACUUAGCGUUGCUUACUGAGCUAUGUGAAGUGUUGUCAUUUUGUAACGAGUAUUCGCUCUCGAGCAUGACGGUCGACUCCUUGUCGCCGCAUCUCGUAAAGCUUGCAAGACACCCGACUAACCCGGAUAUCAUGCUGUUGGCCAUAAGGGCUAUGACUUAUUUAUGUGAUGUGUAUCCUAAAUCAUCAGGUUUCCUUAUUCGCCACGACGCGGUCACUGUUCUAUGCCAAAAAUUAAUGGCUAUUGAAGACAUGGAUGUGGCAGAGCAGUGUCUGCAAGCAUUGGAGAAAAUAUCGCGGGAGCAACCGCUUGCCUGCUUGCAGGCCGGGGCAACAAUGGCCGUCCUGACUUAUAUUGAUUUCUUCUCAACAAUCAUACAGAGGGUUGCUCUUUCCACUGUGAUGAAUAUAUGCAAAAAACUUCCUUCUGAAUGUCAUGCACCUAUCAUGGAGGCUGUUCCAAUACUAUGCAAUCUUCUUCAGUAUGAAGAUAGGCAGCUUGUUGAAAAUGUGGCUAUUUGCUUGAUUAGAAUUACUGAGCGAGUGAGUCGCUCUUCUGAGAAGCUGGAUGAACUUUGUAAGCAUGGAUUAAUUCAGCAGACCUUUCAUCUUAUAAACUCAAAUAGCCGCACUACUCUAUCACUACCAGUUUGUAAUGGUUUGCUUGGGGUACUGGUCAAACUUUCUUCUGGUUCAAUUGCAGCCUUCAGAACGUUACAUGAGCUUAAUAUAAGCAACCUAUUAAAGGAUAUUUUGUCUACUUACGACCUCUCACAUGGAGUUUCUUCUCCUCAUACGGUUGAUGGACAAUGCAAUCAGGUAUAUGAAGUUCUAAAGUUGCUUGACGGGCUUCUCCCUGCUUCAAUCACAGAUCAUGAAGCUCCACAAUUGUUGGAUAAGGAAUCUUUCCUCGCUAGUCGACCUGAACUUCUGCAAAAUCUUGGGAUGGAUGUUCUUCCUUUCUUGAUCCAGGUGGUUAAUUCGGGUGCAAAUUUAUAUAUUUGCUAUGGCUGCCUUUCUGUAAUCAAGAACUUGAUUCAUUUGAGCACAUCCGACAUGCUUUUUGAAUUGCUUAAGAAUUCCAAUAUUUCAAGUUUCUUGGCUGGUAUAUUUACUAGAAAGGAUCCGCAUGUUUUGAUAUUGGCCCUUCAGAUAGCUGAAUUAAUCUUGCAAAAGCUUUCGGAUGUUUUCUUGAAAUAUUUUAUAAAAGAAGGCGUCUUAUUUGCUAUCGAUGCUCUGUUGAUUCAGGAAAAGUGUCCAGUGUUAACCCCAGAAAAAUGUUCACAGUUGAUUGUCCCAAUAUCUUCGGGCUUCUCGUUUGAUUCGAGUCAAAAAUCUAGUUCCAGGGAGGUCCUUGGGUGCUUGUGUUAUGCUUUUGCUUCUGGUACCUCAGCUUCAGUGUCUGAAAGAAAUGGAUGCAAGCUUGAAAAGGAUUCUCUUUACGAUCUUGCAAAGCAUAUAAGAAACAGUUACUUCUCAUCAGAACUAUUCGAGUCUAACAAAGCAAUAACUGAUGUUCUUCAAGAGCUGAGAACUUUUUCUAUGGCAUUAAGUGAUUUGAUGGAACCCUCUGUGAAUAAUAACGACCUUGAUCAGCGUGAAGAGAAGGCCUAUGGUUUAUUGCAUCAAGUUAUCAUGAAGCUUAAUGGAAAGGAAACUGUCUCUACGUUUGAGUUUAUUGAAAGUGGCAUUGUGAAGUCAUUGGUUAAUUAUCUGUCUGAUGGCCAGUAUUUGAGAAUACAAAAGGAAUGUUGUGCUGAACACAGUAACAUCGGUGUCAUCAGAAAAAGAUUCGAAGUGUUUGCAAGGUUAUUUUUGUCUUCAUCAGAUCCAGAGUCCCAGGACUUGCCCAUAUCAACACUCAUACAAAAAUUGCAAAAUGCACUAUCUUCUUUGGAAACUUUCCCUGUUAUUUUGAGUAAUGCAGGCAAGAUGAGGAACUCACGUGCCACCGUUCCAAGUAUACGUUGCACGCCGUAUCCAUGUUUAAGAGUUCGUUUUCAAAGAGGUGACGGGGAGACAUGCCUUCGUGAUUACUGUGAGGAUUAUCUGAGUGUGGACUCCUUCUCUUCAAUGGAGGCCCUUGAAAGAUUUCUGUGGUCUAAAGUCAAGAGAAAAGCAACAAAGCACAAUAAAACAGUGACGCAAGCUGUGGGCCAAUCAGAAAAGCUACCUCUUCAAUCACCUGCAAGUACAAGUUCUAGCCAAGAUGGAAGUCCAGAUGGCAGAGGAUCUGAUAGCAUGUUGACAGAAUCGACCGAGAUGCAGGAGGGUGAGGAUGUUUGGUCAAAGUCUGCAGCUGAACAAGCACUCUUUUUAAGUGAGACAAGUCCUCAAGCAAUAUUCCAUAGAUCUACAGAUGAAGAACUUCAAUUUUCUCCAAAGGCGGAUACUAGUAUGAAAAGGGACUUCCCUGCAUCUUGUAGCAGUGAAGAAGAUGCUUCGCCAAAAUUGUCAUUUUUUCUGGAAGGGCAACAGCUAAACCGGGAAUUGACUCUAUACCAGGCAAUUAUGCAGAAACAAAUUAAAGAACAUGCAAUCGUUACCACCACGAAGUUGUGGAGUCAAGCAUAUACCUUAACAUAUAGAAAAGCUGUAAAUCAAUCUGAUAACCUGAAAGAAUGUUCUUGUUCAGUUCUGAAGUCUGUCGUGUCAGAUAGAAUUGAGAAAUAUUUGCUGCAAACUUCAAAUUUCUCUGAUAUAUUUGCUUCUGAGGUUGCUUCUGACAUGGAGAAGUCAAGUCCUACUCAUGUUAUAUUAUAUCUGCUAAAAUGCUUGGAAAAGAUGAACAAGUUUAUUUUUCAUCUGAUAUCUGAAGACAGAAUAGGUGCUUUUGCUGAAGGAAAACUUGAUCACUUGGACAAUUUAAAGGUAGCAGUGUUGUCGGUGCCGCAGAUUGAAUUUGUAAGUAGUAAGCUGACAGAAAAACUAGAACAGCAGAUGCGGGACUCUAUGGCUGUAUCCGUUGGAGGUAUGCCUUCAUGGUGCAAUAAAUUAAUGGCUUCAUGUCCCUUUUUAUUUAGUUUUGAGGCAAAGAGUAAAUACUUUCGGUUGGCUGCAUUUGGUCAAUGGCAUCGCCAAUCUCAUGAACCAUCUCAAAGCGAUUCCGGGAUAGCAAGUGACAGGCGAUCAAGUUCUGGCAGCACGCCUCGUAAGAAGUUCUUAGUUUUCCGAAAUGACAUCCUGGGAUCUGCUGCGAAAAUUAUGGAACUGCAUGCCUGCCAUAAGGUACCUCUUGAGGUGGAAUAUAAUGAAGAAGUUGGUACAGGUCUUGGUCCCACACUUGAAUUCUAUACCCUGGUUAGUCAUGAAUUUCAGAAGGCUGGCCUGGGCCUGUGGAGAGAGGAUCAUGGAUCUUUCACCUCUAAUGCAAACCUGUGUCCUGAGAGUACAAAGUUUGUAACGUGUACUUUGGGUCUGUUUCCUCGCCCGUGGUCAUCUUUAACAGAUACAUCUAAUGGGAUUGAGUUUAGUGAAGUUAGUAAAAAGUUUGUCCUUCUGGGUCAAAUUGUAGCAAAGGCUCUUCAAGAUGGAAGGGUCUUGGAUCUGCACUUCUCGAAAGAGUUCUACAAACUUAUUCUUGGGCAGAAACUUGGUCUGUUUGACAUCCUGUCAUUUGAUCCUGAGCUUGGUAGGACUUUGCUAGAGUUUAAGGCUCUUGCAGAUAGAAAACUAUUUCUGGAAUCUACUGGGCGAGAAAUACCCUCAUUUAAAGUUGACUCAUGCUUUCGGGAUACCAGAAUCGAGGAUCUUUUCCUUGAUUUUACGCUUCCUGGCUAUCCUGAUUUUCUUCUUGCUUCCGGUCCUGAUUAUGAGAUGGUAACUAUGAGAAACUUGGAGGACUAUAUUUCACUUAUCGUAGAUGCAACUGUAAGUGCUGGAAUCUCCAGACAAGUCGAAGCAUUCAAAUCAGGAUUUAACCAGGUUUUCCCUAUCGAGCGGCUUCAGAUCUUCACUGAAGAAGAAUUGGAACGCUUACUAUGUGGAGAACAUGACUCAUGGCCUGUUGAUGAGCUCGUUGAUCAUGUCAAGUUCGAUCAUGGAUACACUGCUAGCAGUCCACCUGUUGUUAAUUUGCUGGAAAUCAUACAAGAGUUUGACAACAAAGAACGACGAGCAUUCUUACAGUUUGUGACUGGGGCACCUCGCUUACCUCCAGGAGGUUUGGCGUCUCUUAAUCCAAAGUUAACUAUUGUCCGAAAGCAUUGCAGCGGUUGGGUAGACGCGGACCUCCCGAGUGUUAUGACAUGUGCCAAUUACCUUAAACUGCCGCCCUACUCAUCAAAAGAGACGAUGAAAGAGAAGCUCUUGUAUGCUAUAACAGAAGGGCAAGGGUCAUUCCAUCUCUCCUAGGCAAAUCUUGUCUCAAACUCAAAACUGUGAAUUUGUAAGUAUUAGAUUAGGCUCUGAUUUGCUGGUGGUGUAGAUUAAAAAGAAAAAAAUGGUAGCUGGUGACGAACCGAAAAGGGAGCCGAUUGGCGCGGGAACAAGGGGAGGCUCUCCUUUCUUCACUGACUAUAACUGGUUUGGUUGGUUGAAAUAUUGGUAAAUAUCAGGUCAAUGUGUAUACAGGUUUUUAGUUUGAUUUAGUUUUAUGCUUUGGGAGCUGUAUAGGGAAAGUCUAGUAGAGUAGUAUAGAUGGUUUGCAGUUUUUUUUUUUUUUUUUUUUUUUUUGUGCAGAAAGAUGUACAGGGAUCUUUUUAUCACAGCAUGGAAAGCAGUUUCCAAUCAAGUUUGGAAUGUGCUAUUUCCAUUUGCUAUUUGCUAUUAUAUUUAAGAACAAGAAUUAAGGUCGAUUUUAUUUGAA